ACAGACUUGACGCGAAAAACCAGUCAGGAGCUCAGCGAUCUAGCGCGAGACAGGGAGGGUGUGUCCUGAGCUGAACGGGCAGACCGAGCGAGCUAGAGAGAGAGAGAGAGAGGGAGCGUUGCUGCUGUCGGUCGGGAAGUUUCUGUGCAACUUUGUCCGCCUGACGCCAGUUUGGAGGUCAUUGUUUUUUUCGGGACUUUGCCGUGAGUUUCUCACAGCCAGGCUCUCACAGGAAGAGUGAUUCUUACACGCAAGCAACUGGAUUCUUUUCGGCAGUAUGGGGGAUGUUAUCUCUACGCACCUAGACGAUCAGAGACGGCAGUACAUCGCAGAGAAGACGGGGAAGAUUGUGGGAGAAUUCUGCAAGUACUACGAGCAGCAGUAUGGUGUGGCCCUUUUCAAUAAGGUCCGCUGUGACAUUGAAGGAGUCGGUGCCCCGCAGUCUCAGCUGCUGCAGCGUAAGGCGCCACUGGCAGACAAAUGCAUUUUCUCUGGCAACCUGUUUCAGUAUCUGGAAGAGAACCGGAAAUGGAGGAACCGCUACUUAUUUGUUCCGGACUCAUACAGCGUUCACUACUAUGAGACAAAACUGGCUUGGGACAGAGGUUUACACCCCAAGGGGAUCAUUAAUUGUGCUGGAUACAAAGUGCUGACCUCCGUGGAACAAUAUUUGGAGCUGCUCAAUAACUGCCUGCCAGGUCUCAAAGUGAAGGCGGGCAGCUCCCCUUACCUGAAGUGUGCCACUCAGUUUCCCAUUAUCCUCUGGCAUCCUUAUGCCCGACACUUCUACUUUUGCGUCUUGUCAGAGAAGGAACAGAAGAAAUGGCAAGCUGUCUUUCAAGACUGUGUGAGGCACACCAAUAAUGGACUGCCCGAGGAUGAUAAAGUGAAGACGCCAGCUUUCACUGAUGCUGUCCGGCUAUAUCGGCAGGCCAAGGAUCAAUAUGGCACCUGGGACAUGAUGUGUGGAAAUGCUGAGCAGAUCCUGACCAACCUGGUGAUGGAGGAGCUCCAUCCGGAGCUGAGGAACCUCAUUAGCCAGCGGUUAAAGGGCAAGGUGCAGGAGCGGCAAAAGCACUGGAUUCUGAUUUCAGAUGCUGUAUACCGCAUGGUCCAGACCCAGACUGAGGCACAGUAUGAUGCUGUCCUGCAACGCUGUGAGUUAGGCCGGCCCCAGAUGGAGAGCAUGAUCCGUACUGACAUGGACCAGAUCACCACCUCCAAGGAGCACAUCUGUAACAAGAUUCGAGCAACUGUGCUUCCCAAAGCAGAGCUCUGCGUUCGCAACCAUGUCCAGCCUUACAUCUCCUCCAUCCUGGAUGCCCUAAUGAGCCCCACGAGCCGUGGCUUCUCUGAGGUCCGUGACAUUUUCUUCCGGGAGCUGCUGGAAUUGAAUAAAAACGUGGUGAAUGAGGGUGGCCAGGACAAACUAGGAGAGUAUAUGGAAAAGAUUACAAUGUUAGCUUACCACCCAGUGAAGAUGCAUAGCUGCUACGAGAAGAUGGAAGAGUUGCAGCUUGAAGGACUGCAGCAAAGGUUUGAUGUGUCCAGUCCUGCAGUGUUCAUCCAGCGAGCUCAAAUCUUGAUGAGAGAGCAAAUGGACAAUGCUGUUUACACAUUUGAGCAACUACUUCACCAAAGUUUGGAGUCCACGCAGGAAAAGGACGAGCUGUGCAAGCUCAUCCAGCGCAUCCAAGAAAGGGUCAUUAAGAAGUAUGACUACGACAGCAGCACUGUCAGGAAAAAGUUUUUCAGAGAGGCCCUGCUGCAGAUCAUCAUUCCUUAUCUGCUGAAGAAGCUCUCCCCUACUUGUCGGCAGGAGUUGCCCAAGUACCAGGAGUUUAUCUUUGAGGACUACGCAAAAUUCAUUCUACUAGAAAACCUUUUUGAAGAGGUGGUUCUUCAGUCUGUGAUGAAGGAUAUCAUGCUAGCGGUGAAAGAAGCAGCAGUCCAGAGGAAGCACAAUCUAUUCCGAGAUAGCAUUGUCCUCACCAACAGCGACCCAAAUCUGCAUCUGCUUGGUGAAGGCCCACCUAUUGAUUGGGGUGGGGAGUUUGCAAUAGGUUCUACAGAACCCGAUGCCCCUGCAUCAGAGAAGCGGCGUCGAAUGAAGCAAGUGGUUUCCAUGAUCCAGGAGGAGGGAGUAGUCCAACUGCCUAAUGAAUCCUGCAUGGAGGUCCCAGCAGAAAAGGUCAUCCCAGAGGAGCAGGAGGGUGAGGUGCAGAACACAGUCCCCAAAGCCACUGAACAGGAAGAACCCAAGUCCCCUGACAGCGUGCAUGAAAUCAGAGACUUAAUUAACCCAAAAAUCACAGUGGAGAACACUGUCCCAGCUGGGGAUCCCUCCUCACUAACCAAUGGAACUGUAAAACAGGAAGCCCAACAAGCAGCAUCUGUCAAGAAGGAAGAAUGCCAAGAGAUUCCCUCAACUCAUUCCACACCACAGCUUUCCUCUACACACCUUGACAAUGGCUGUCAGUCACCAGCCAGCAAAGAGGACGAACCCAACCCAGCUCACCUAGUUACAAGUGACAUCAGCAGCAGUCCAGCUAAAGAUGCAACAGUAAAUGCUUCUGGUGACAGGAAGGCUAGAGAGGAGGAUUCGGGUAACUAGCCAGGACGGCGGGUACUGACUUUUUAAAGAGACUAUAUUUCCUGAAAUAAAAUGCAGGAUGCAUAAAACAAAAACCUAAAAGUGGAAAUUAGGAAGGCUUCACUGUAAUUUGCAAUUUUAUCCUUUUUUUUUUUUAAGAAGAGCACCCAAAGCUAGCUGCCAGAGACAUCAUUACACCAUUGGCACAAGGUGCUUGCUUAUAUUUUGGGAGGCUUUGCUUCUCAUGCUGCUUCUGCAGUUAGACAAUUGUGGCACUCAGCCUUUUUCAUAUUCAGUUUUAAUUGACACAGAAGGGGCACAACACAGAGCUCACAAUCUGUCCCAAAACUGAAGCAAACACUCACCCCAAAGUGCACAAGGAGCUUUACAGUAUUGAUAGGAUGGUCUAAAUGCCUGGACAGGUCUAACAAAGCAAUGUUCCUUUAGGGUAAAUGAUGAGGGUCCUAGUCAGGGAAGUGUUCUUAUACUGCCUUAUGUUUCCACAGAGUAUUCUGACAGUUCCGACUUUUGACUAGUGGACAAGUUUUCUAGUGGAAAACUCUAUAGUUAUCAUUGUGUUUUUUUCUUAUCAUAAACCCUGAAGGUUGACUCUCAUUUUCAUUUAAAUAUUGAAUGGAAAACCAACACAGGGCACUCCUGAGUUGAAUAGGCAUUACAUGCCUUACGAAUGGCAUGGUAGUUUGUGGUUUCAAACACUCCCUCAUGUAUUUUUCACCAAUUCCUUUCCUAAAGCAAUCUAUUAUGCACACAGUCACCUUGUGGAAUUGUCACAUAAAUCAUCCAGAAGUAUCUAUGACCCGUAACUAUGCAGGCAGACUGGCCCCAUAUCCAUUCUCCAAGGCCAUUAGUAGUUCUAAUGAAUUAUGUUUGGGUUUUGUGCAGCACCCAGAAUGUCGCAGAGUCACCGAGUUUUAAGGCUCCGGUUCAUCUAGGCAUGUGCCACAACUGUACUGAUAGUUUUGCUAAUUAAUUUAUUGCUUUCACUUAUUUGUGUAGAGCGGCACUCAGGGGAAGCACAGGUGUGCAUCCUCUCAGCAGCAGGGGCCUAAAAAAAUAAGAUGGUGCCAACAGCUCACAAACAUCAACACUGUUGACUUUCUAAAAGAUAACAACUCAUAUGCAACAAGGAUGGUGUGACUGGCAGACUCUGGCCACCCUGUUGGAUGAAGAUGUCAUGUACUGCUUGAUGCUGCAUCGCUUGCUUGUUGCGGAGCGCUGCAGAGGGCCCUUCUGUGUGUUCAUUUUUAAACCGCUCACUUUCUGUGUGUGUCUGUAAAUGUGUCUGCCCUUUUAUCCAUCUUUGUGUUGCUGUAAAUCUUCCUAUCUGGCCAUAAAGCGGCUAAAGUAUUUUAUUAAUUAUCUGAAGGUUGAAGACUUUUUUUUGUUUGUUAAAGAUAAAAUAAAAGUUCAAUGUUU